ACCUGUAUCCGUCUUGUCCCUGCUCAGUUUCGCUUCAAGCAAAAACGACAUUAGAUCCAAUUGUCUGAUAUAGAAUUAUUGGCCAAAUACAUUUUUCGUUGAAAUGAUAACAACUUUCAAUAUUUUUGCGUCAUUGCUCCAACGAAGUGUUUCGUUACCUGGAAUACAUCAGCUCCGAAACAAAAACUAUCUGAAUCGCCCUCGGUUACGAAAUCCGAUUUGGUUUGUCAGGAAGGAAAGAACCGUUCAUGACGAGUUCCUGACUCCCGAGAAUACGACGUUUGUUAAGCAAGUAUUGCACGAUAAAUUUGGUUCUCCUGCUCUCAUAAAGGGAGUGCUUACAUUCGAUCAAUCAAACCAGUCUUUGUUACAAAUCGAGCACCUUCCGAAAACACAAUGGCAAGUGGGUUUCAGAAGAACGGGCGUCAUAGCGAAAAAAAUAGGACAAUAUCCUUUGUGGAAGAAGGAUGGAACAAAGAUUCGAACUACUUUAUUGCAGGUAUUUGAUAACCACGUUGUGAAAUAUAUUCCACCCGAAAAUUUUCAUCCUGCACAAGAGCCAAAACGAAAGUGGCAUAAACCGAAGGGUUGUUUGCUCGUCGGUGCUCAAAGUAAAGACCCGUCAUUAUACACUAAGGAAUACUGUGGACUAUUUAAAGAUUCCGGUGUACUACCAAAGCAACACUUAUGUCGGUUUCUCAUCUCACCAGAGGCUCAACUGUUACCAGGUACUCCGUUGAAUGUCACGCACUUUAGAGUAGGUGAUUACGUUGAUGUUCGCGGCAAAACUGUAGAUCAUGGCUUUCAAGGAGUUGUAAAACGGCACGGUUUCAAGGGGAUGCCUGCAUCUCAUGGCGUAACAAAAACUCAUCGUCGACCUGGUAAUAUUGGCGCCGGUGGUAGUAAAGCACGUGUGUGGCCAGGUACUAAAAUGCCUGGUCAUAUGGGAAACCGUUGGCGCAAUCUUAGAGGUUUGAAAAUUUGGCGUAUUAAUACCAAGUAUAAUGUUAUGUGGGUACAAGGAAGCAACAUUGCAGGUGAAACUAAUGGGUUGGUUUACAUUUACGAUACAAUUUUACCUCUGAGGAAAUAUACAAAAGCACCUGCUUUUCCCACGCAUUUUGAGUGUGAAAACGAUUUGUAUGCAGAUGAGGAUAUUUGGCAUGAAGACAUUCAUUGUUUCAAAGAUAGCUCCAUUACAUUAAAAGAAGAAUAAAUAAAUGCUUGGAAA